GUUCAGGGGGAGGAUGGAGUCUGCAGAUACCCAACUUUUGACUACUGCAAGCUCAAAGUAGCACACCAAAGCCUUUGUAUAGAGCCGUGGUGCGUCUUUCUCUCCGAAGGACGCUUUAUUCGUUUCAUGUGGAUUUUAACGGGCACAUUUGGUCUUUAACGGGCUUGUAGACCACUCAGACAUUGUGCGGGCUCUAGGACCAAGCAGGCGUGCCAUAAGCCGCCGGGGCUGCGAGUGUUCACAUAGCAGCACUCUGGAGGGAAGACCCGUCGGAUGUGGCAAUACAGAAUACUUGUGAAAUAUACAUAGCUGUCUGUCCUUUCUGCGGUGCCGAUUUCUGAAGAGCGCACGUGUAUUGGGAAUGGUGGCAUUGCCGCGAAGGUUUGGAGGAUUCGUGAUCUUCAAUUCUGAUAUGAGAAAAGCCAGACUUAACUGAUGUUUGUUCUGUCCUUCAAAUUAUCUGAAUUUUUUUCAAUUUCCCGGACAUAAUUCAAUUUUCUCGGGCAUCAUAUGCAAUUGAAAGUAAGCCACUGCACCUUGUCAAUCACAUCUUCAGUGCAGACGAUGUGCAUAUUUGGUUCGGAUUAAACCACCCGCUUCAUAACUUGGCUGUUGGGUGAAUGGGAUUUCUGAUCACAAUUCAGUUUUUCAUUUGUAAGACUGAAGACGUGGAAAAGCCAUUUCUCGAAGCUGAUCAGUUGUUGUGAUGCUAACAUCUUCUGGUCUUCAGUGACAGCGGAAUCGGAUCGUCUUGGAAGCUUUUAGGGGACUCAAGGACAGGUGAAAAAUGAAAGCUCCCGUCCCUCUCCAGAUCCUGCUCUACGCUACUGUCAUCAGGAGCUUGAAAGUGGUGUCAAAGAGAGGAUCAGGGGCAGGCGCUCGGGCAGACCUCCUUUUGAACCUCGGCCCCAGAGUGGAUGGCUGCACAGACUGGUCGGUGGACUACUUGAAAUACAAAGUGCUUUUGGGGGAACCGGUGCGGAUUAAAUGUGCUUUAUUCUAUGGAUAUAUAAGAGCGAACUACACUCACGCCCAAAGUGCGGGACUCAACCUCAUGUGGUACAAAAGCACAGGGCUUGGGGACCAUGGUGCUUUAGUACAGGGUUUUGAAGAACCCAUUUCCUUUGACGGCAUACGAAUGAGCAAGGAAGAGGACUCGAUAUGGUUUCGGCCAGCCGAGCUACAAGAUGCUGGACACUACUCAUGUGUGUUAAGAAAUUCAACAUAUUGUAUGAAAGUCUCCAUGGAACUAUCCGUGGCUGAGAAUGACACAGAUGCCUGUUACAACUCCAAGAUGAGGUACUUCGAGAAGGCAGAAUUAAGUAAAAGCAAAGACAUCAUCUGCCCUGAUAUUGAGGACUAUGUUCAGCCUGGGAAGGACCCAGACCUAGUCUGGUACAAGGAGUGCAAGCCUAAACAAUGGAGACAGAGCAUCGUGAGAAGAAAAGACACCCUCUCGAUACGUGAGGUCGGAGAAGAUGACAUUGGAAAUUACACGUGCGAAAUACAAUUCGGGAGCUUUGUGGUGCGGAGAACAACAGAGUUAUCAGUCACAGCCCCUUUGACAGACAAGCCACCCAAGAUCCUGUUUCCCUCCGAGAACAAAAUAAGCACCCUGGAAACGCAAAUAGGAAGUCCGGUGAACCUCACCUGCCGGGCGUUCUUUGGCUACAGCGGCGACGCCAGCCCGCAGAUCUACUGGAUGAAGGGUGAGAAGUUCAUCGAGGACCUGGACGAGAAGCACGUGCGCGAGAGCGAAAUGAAAACCAUCCGCGAGCACCUCGGGGAGCGGGAGGUGUCUAUCUCCUUGAUGAUUGAACCGAUGAAGGAGACCGACUUGGCAAACUACACCUGCUACGUGGAGAAUAACAAUGGCAGACGGCAGGCCACUGUCCAGCUGACCAAGAGGGCAGAGCUUAUGUACACAGUGGAGCUGGCCGGGGGGUUAGGCGCUAUCUUGCUUCUGCUCAUCUGCCUGGUCACCCUGUACAAAUGCUACAAGAUCGAGCUCAUGCUCUUCUACAGGAACCACUUUGGGAGUGAAGACGUGGACGGAGAGAAUAAGGACUAUGACGCCUACCUGUCUUACACCAAAGUCGACCCUGACCAGUGGGGCCAGGAGACUCGGGAAGAGGAGCGCUUCGCUCUGGAGAUUCUGCCUGACAUUCUGGAAAAGCAUUAUGGGUAUAAACUCUUCAUUCCAGACAGGGACUUGAUCCCCACAGGAAGUAUCACCAAUGAUCAUUACCAGGAUGAUACAGGACUUCUUAGAGCCUACAUUGAGGACGUGGCCCGCUGCGUGGACCAGAGCAAGCGGCUCAUCAUCGUCAUGACGCCUAACUACGUGGUGCGUCGCGGCUGGUCCAUCUUCGAGCUGGAGACGCGGCUGCGCAACAUGCUGGCCAGCGGCGAGAUCAAGGUCAUCCUGAUCGAGUGCGCCGAGCUGCGCGGCAUCAUGAACUACCAGGAAGUGGAGGCGCUCAAGCACACCAUCAAGAUGCUGACCGUCAUCAAGUGGCACGGCCCCAAGAGCAACAAGCUCAACUCCAAGUUCUGGAAGCACGUGCUCUACGAGAUGCCUUUCAAGCGCAUGGAGCCCAUCAUCAGCCACGAGCAGGUGCUGGACGUGAGCGAGCAGGGACCGUUCGGCGAGCUCCAGACUGUCUCGGCGAUCUCCAUGGCGGCCGCCACCUCCACCGCCAUGGCCACGGCGCACCCGGACCUGCGCUCCACCUUCCACAACACCUACCACACGCAGAUGAGGCAGAAACAUUACUACCGCAAUUACGAGUACGACAUCCCGGCGUCCGGCACGCUGCCACCGCUCUCGUCCCUGGGCAACCAGCACACGUACUGCAACAUCCCCAUGACUCUGAUCAACGGGCAGCGGCCGCAGGCCAAGUCGUCGCGUGAGCAGAGCCUGGAGGAGGCGCACGCCAAUAACGCCAUGUUGCCGCUGUUGCCCCGUGAGACCAGCAUAUCCAGCGUCAUCUGGUGACAGGCACGAGAGAGAGAGAGAGAGAGAGAGAGAGAGAGAGGACUGGCAGACAAGGGGAGAGGGAGAGAAAGAGAGAGGUGCUCCCUUGUUUUUGCGCAAGACACUCCUGGCAAAAGAAAUACGCAGCGCCA